CACAUUGCGCGCGCAGUCUGCCGUGCGACAGGUGAGCGCGCGCACGUCACGAACGCUUCCAAAUUCAAAAUUCGAAUCGCGAAUCCCGCGCACGAUAACUUUUACUUUCCUUUUUUUAAUAUUACGUCACAGUCGUGUUACGUUUAGUAAUCGCCGGUCGUUCUGACGCAAGUGAUUCUAGUGCAAGUGAAGUGAUCCUUUAAGUUUGUGAUUGUUCUAAAAUGGGAUUGUGAUUGGUCAAGAAGCGAAGGAAAAUUAGCACGAUGCCGGCGGACGGUGUGGGAGGGUGCGUCAACAAGGCGUUCGAGGGUGCUGACGAUGGGUUCCACACCAUAGACCUCCGGACUGGCCGGCGGGAUGAUGAGCACCACACUAGGACGCAGGCCUCAACAGAAGCUGACCAUGUGUCUCCAAAGCAAACUGCUCAUGAUGAGGAGCAUUCCCUCAAGUGUGGAUGGGGCAUGUUCCGACCCUCGUGGCUGCAGCGGUUCAGGACUGCCAAGUGGGCGCUGUUCUGGCUCUGCUGGGCUGGAGCCAUACAAGGUAUGGUGGUAAAUGGGUUCGUGAACGUGGUGAUCACCACCAUUGAGAAGAGGUUCGGCCUGAGGUCCAUGCAGACUGGAGUCAUAGCUGGAGGCUACGACAUGGCAUCGUUCGCAUGUCUGGCCCCAGUCACCUACCUGGGAGGUCGCUCAGGGUCCUCCAAGCCUCGCUGGCUGGGGCUGGGAGUACUCCUCAUGGGCACAGGGUCCCUACUCUUCGCCCUGCCACAUUUCCUGGUGCCUAACUACAAGAUAGCUGGGAAUGAACCUGCUGAUCUAUGUACUCCUAAUAGGACGUUGACAGACAGUUGCGACGGUAACGUGCCGUCGGAGGGCGGCGCGUGGGCAGUUGCAGUGUUCGUGUUCGCGCAACUGUUGCACGGCGCGGGCGCAACACCGCUGUUCACGCUCGGCGUCACCUACAUAGAUGAGAACGUGUCCAAGAAGAUGUCUUCUGUUUAUUUGGGUGUAUACUAUACAAUGGCGGUGGUGGGCCCAGCGAUGGGCUAUGUGAUCGGUGGACAAAUGCUCACCAUCUACACAGACUUCCUCACUGUCGACUCCGACGCGUUAGGUGUAACUCCAGUCAGCUCCGUAUGGAUUGGCGCCUGGUGGAUAGGGUUCAUACUAUCCGCCAUUCUGUGCCUCAUCGUGGCCAUUCCAUUGAUGGCCUUCCCUCAUGAACUGCCUGGCGCAGCUGAGAUUAGAGCGUCGAAGGUAUCUGAAGCUCACGAAGGAGCUGCCUCCAAGUCAGCAGCGUUCAGCGCCUUACACGAGCUGCCUCGUGCGGCAGCUGCCUUGCUCCGAAACCCCACCUUCCUGUUCCUCAACCUGGCAGGUGCUACUGAAGGCAUGCUCAUAUCAGGGUUCGCUGCGUUCUUGCCAAAGUUGAUUGAAAACCAGUUUGCUGUCAACGCUUCGGAAGCUGCUUUACUUUUGGGAGUGAUCACAGUACCAGCGGGUGGUGGUGGCACAUUCCUCGGAGGGUGGCUGGUGAAGCGCUGGCAGCUGGCGUGCGCUGGCAUCAUCAAGCUGUGCGUGGCAGCCACGGUGGUGGCCGCUGCCUUCACCUUCGGCUUCGUGCUCACUUGUGAUGACUACCCCUUUGCUGGAGUCACCGUCAUGUACAAUAGCCCUGCAGUGCCAGGUGCCGACAGUCUCACGGCAAUGUGCAACACGGACUGCUCGUGUAUCAACGCUCCGUACUCGCCCGUGUGUGGAGCCGAUGGCAACGUGUACUACUCCGCCUGCCACGCUGGCUGCACCAGGCAGACCCUCGCGGGCGCCGCGCAGCUCUUCCACCAGUGCUCCUGUGUGCUCACCAAAGAAAAUAUGACGCUACCGACGUAUGAACUUGAAGGAGAAGUUAACUCAACGAUCUCUUAUGAAGCCAUCAAUAGCAUCUGUUCAACGGACUGCCCAUUACUUUGGGUGUUCGUGUGCAUGUCGUUUGGAGUCAUGCUGUUCACGUUCCUGGCUACCAUGCCUGCGUUGUCAGCUACAUUGAGGUGUGUGCGAGAAGACCAGCGUUCGUUCGCAUUGGGCAUCCAGUGGAUCAAAGUCCGUCUGCUGGGUACGAUCCCUGCGCCUCUGCUGUUUGGGUUCCUCAUCGACCUGUCAUGUUCCCUGUGGUCUACCUCUUGUAACAAGACGGGUGCCUGCUUGCAGUAUGACAAUACUAAUAUGAGCAGGUACAUGCUAGGUAUUGCAUUGGUGGGCAAGCUCUGUUCUUUGCUGUUCUUCUUCCUGGCGUGGUGGUUCUACCGUCCACCAGGCAGCAAGAACGGCAACGCCAUAGUUCCCUCAGUAGACCUAGUGGUCUGCGCCGAGAAGACCAAUGGGAACGUCACGAAUGUGGCCAAUGGGACGUUGGAGAGAGGCAGCAAUGGCUACUGUAAUGCAGCGUUAGAAUGUAGUGACCAUUUGUAAGGUAGUUUUAAAGACUUUGUUGUUGUAUUAUACCGGACGCCGAAGUUAUGAUCGUUCCUUUUUGUCUGGACAAUUUUGGUUCAGUGAGAGUACGGGUUGCGCAGGACCGGCUGCGAGUAGAGGCUAAUUCAAUAAGGCCAUAAAGUGAAGAUUCCAAAUGUUUUCUUAUGGACAAUCUCGAAUGUAUUUAAUAAUCGAUCGAUCAACAAGUUUAGACGUGACUGUAUGAACAUUUUACUUUAUAAAAUGGUUCAGUAAGCGGUUAUCCUACCCAGGAAAUAGGUAGUACGACUUGUACCUAAACCCACAAUAACAAAUUUUAUUUUAUCUGUUAUUAAAAUUAAUUAUUUAGUUGUAUGUAAUAUAAGAGCUGAUUAUUCCAAUGCAACAAUUAUUACGGUCCUGUGGUUGAUGUUAAAUAAUAAUAAUUAUUAUUAAUUAUACAUUUAUUGAAAUGAUUGUUUACAUUCCAAAAUAAUAAUAGUUCUGUUGUAAAAUAUCUGUGAUGUAAUAGUUUGUAGAUAAUUGUAAGUAUGUCACCGAUAUCAGGUCCUCGUAAUAUAGUGCAGAUUGUACACCUACUUUAAGUAUUAGAUGUAUUUGGGGUACACGAUUUAAAGGUAUCAGGCAUUUUUUCAAAAAUUCUAUAACAUCGUGAAGUAUUAAUGUGAUUUGGGUAAUGACAUAUCAUACUCAUAGGUCAGCCAAUCAUAUUUUGACAUUUUAUAAUGUGACCAAUCAACGACGCGUUACGUUUAGUUUUAUCAAGAAGCUUCCGAGAUAACUCAAUAAGUAGGUACUUUCGUUUGCUCAUUUCUUUUUGUCAUUGUAUUUGAAUUUUUUAAGCACUUUCGAUGCGAUUGCGAUUUUUCCUUUGUACCUAGAUAGCAAAAUAAAUAGAUGUCUACAUUGUCGUUACUAUUUUAAGCUUUAUGUACCCCAACGUAGAGUGUAUUUAUCAAUAAGUAGAGUACAAUUCGGGAAGGCACAAUUUAUAAAUACUUUUUUACAUUUUUGAAUUUCAAAAUAACGAUUAAGGCACCCAUGUACAUAGUUCUAACUUAUUUGUUGUUAAUGCAAAUCAAUAGUUGUUAAAAUUGUAUUUUGGUUGAAGACUGAUUGUUUAAUAGUAAUUAUUAAAAUAAAUGUUAAGUGUACGUGUAACUUUAUCCUUUAUAAUGGCUGUAGGUACCAACUUUCAUUGAAUUAAAGGAUUGUGAAGUACCUAGUGUGGGAGAGUCAUGCUUCGGCACGAAUCGACUGGCUCGACCACCAACAGGUGAUCUGAUGGCUCAUUUACUAGCUUGUACCAUAAAAAAAUACAGUAUAAAACUUGAAUAUCUACAGUACACACUGUACUAACAACAAUUCAAUCUUCACAAUUCUUUAAUUCUAGAAAGUUAUUUAAUGUGUGUAGAUAUUGGAUAUUUUUGACAAGUGAAUAGGUUUGUGGACAGUCAAGUAUGAAUAAAUAGAAAAAAAGCAGUGUCACAUUGGCCUAAUACAAUCGAGCUGUCUCGAUCAAUAUCGGACCACCAAUUUCAAUUCCGGAUCAACUACCUACCACAAUAUUGAAAAAAAAAACUAGUUUAUAUGAAAAAUACAAUUUGUAAAGUUUUUACAUAAUUAGGUAGUUUUUUUAAUGUAAUUUGUAUCAUAUUAUUGUAGGUGAUCAAUUUUGAAACUGUACAAUUUUACACGGAUUGAUUGAAAUAAAAUAAAUUAAAAGUG